AUGUACGGUGCUCCUCAGCCAGGGUUUGGCGCACCUCCUCCUGCUCCUCCGCAGUAUGGCUACCCGCCACAGCAACCUCCGUCCGCCCUCCCCGACAUUAGCACCGAUCCGGCAGCUUUUGCGUCCAUGUACAAUUCGCACCUCAAGGCGCUCACGUUCAACUCGAAACCCAUCAUCACCAACCUCACCGUCAUUGCCCACGACCAUGCCGCUCGCAUGUCGGCCGUGGUAGCCAAAGCGAUCGACGACCACAUCAUGCAAUCGCAUCCCUCGAUCCGCCUGCCUGCGCUCUACACGCUCGACUCCAUCUCGAAAAACAUCGGUCAUCCAUACACGCAGCUCUGGUCGGCCCGCAUUGUGCCCAUCUUUCUCGAAUCGUAUCGUCUCGUGGAUCAGCCGACAAAGCUGCGCAUGGAGGAGCUACUGGCGACGUGGAAGACGGCUGGACCCGGUGCGCGUGCCUUGUUCGGAGACAAUGCCCAGUGGAGUAUUGAACGGGCACUGUUUGGCAGUCAGGGCAUGCCUCAACCGCAUGCUGCUCCCGCUGCAGCAGCUGUGACGGAUCCCAGGGCGAAUGCAGCCCGGUCCAAAUCGAAAGCCAUCGAAAACAUCGACAAGCUCCUUGCUGUCGAUGGCCAAUCUUUGGCCGCCAACCCUUCCGACCAGUCUCUGCACGAACGCGUCGACUCGCUGGCUCAGCUCAAGCAGGUCAUCCUCACCGCUGAUCUUUCCACUGAAGAGAUGGCGCAGAUCCACGCUCAGCUCGACAGCCUCUCAGCGGCUGCACAGCGGUCUAAUCCAAGCGGUCACGCUGCGGCCAUGCACGGCCAGCCUCUUCCCCCGCAGAUCAGCGCACCAACACCGGCACCUGCACCGGCAGCAGCGGUGCCACAAGACCUCUCCGGGGCGCUUGCCAACCUUUCCGCCCUCACAGCACCCGCGUCGAAUGGCGCCCCGAACAACGCGGCCUCGUCGCUGAUCGCCUCUCUCAUGCAAGCGGGUCUCUUGCCUGGCUCAUCAACACCCUCCACAGCAGCAGCAACUCCUCCACCCGCGGUAGAACGCGACCAGGACGAAGACUACAUCGCCGCUAUCCUCGCGCUCGACAUCAAAACCUCCGGGCCAGAUUUCAACCGCGAACCAGCAGCAUCGUACGAACUCAUCUUGCACAAGCACUUGCCGCUUCAGUGUCGGCAGUGUGCCAACCGCUAUCCGACGGGCAACAAGGGCCAGGGGCGCAUGGACGACCACCUCGACUGGCACUUUACGCAGAACCGAAGGGCGAAAGACUCGGCAGCGCGCGGGCAGUCGCGCUCUUGGUUCGAUCGGCUGGAGAGCUUCAUCCGUGGAGGCUUUGACGAUGCCGCACCCGCCUCCAAAGGUGGUGCUGCAAGUGGCGGUGCCGGUGGGGAGAGAGAUGGCAAGGCCGGUCUGUCCGCAGCGCAGGAGAAAGCGCUCAAGGAGAAAUUCGCAAAGUCCUUUGUCGUUGCGCCGACCGAUGCCGAGCUGGCGAGCAAGCCGUGUCCCAUCUGCAAGGAGGCGUUCAAGUCGCAGUGGAGCGAAGACGAAGAGGAGUGGAUCUGGGUGAAUGCCAUCAAGGUCGAGGGUACACAGGCAGACGGCGCCGUGGGCGGAGUCGUGUACUACCACGCCAGCUGUCACUAUUCUGCCAAGAGUCUCACGGAUAGCGUCACUGGAGAUCGACGCACCGCCAGUGUGGGCGUCAAGAGGCGCAGUGCCAGUCGCACCGCCACGCCGUCGUUGCUAGCCACUGCCGGUGGAAGGAAGAGGAAGUCUGGGAUCGAUGAGGUGGGCAAGGAAGAGGAACAGGUGCUGGGCAAGGCGGAAGACGGACAGGACGAGGGCGGUCCCCCGUCGAAAAAGUCGGCUUUGUAG